AUGGCUUCUAAUCUGCCAGCCCAGCCAAACCUCCGAGUCACGAUUAUCGCGGCGGACGGUCUUUACAAGCGCGAUGUCUUCCGUUUCCCCGAUCCCUUCGCCGUGGCCACGGUUGGCGGGGAGCAAACUCAUACUACCUCUGUGAUUAAGAAGACCUUGAACCCAUACUGGAAUGAGCCGUUCGAUCUACGAGUCAACGAAGACAGUAUUCUUGCGAUUCAGAUCUUCGAUCAGAAGAAGUUCAAGAAGAAGGAUCAGGGUUUCCUCGGUGUGAUCAAUGUGCGCAUCGGCGAUGUCAUCGAUCUUCAGAUGGGGGGUGAUGAAAUGCUCACCCGGGACCUCAAAAAAUCAAACGACAACCUCGUCGUUCACGGAAAGCUAAUCAUCAACCUGUCCACUAAUCUGACCGCCCCGACCCAGACCCAGGCCAACGGCCUUCAACGUCAACAGGUACAGUCUUCAACCUCAAGCGGCCUUGUGCCACAGGUUGCGUCUUCCUCGUCCACACCCCAGGCUGGUCCAAUCAAUCUUGAUACACCUGCCGCUGCGUCUAGCGGGUCACUCAGCAACCGGGCUUCCCUAACUCACCCCCCGCCCGGUGCUCCAAACGGAUCCGCUCCGCCUGGCGCCAAUGCUCCCUCGCGCGCCAACUUGAGUUCAUUCGAGGAUAGUCAGGGUCGACUACCUGCGGGCUGGGAACGUCGAGAGGAUAAUCUGGGACGGACAUAUUACGUGGACCACAACACGCGCACCACGACCUGGUCUCGACCCUCGGCCAACUACAACGAACAUACCCAGCGCAGUCAGCGUGAAGCGAACAUGCAACUGGAGCGACGCGCUCACCAAAGCCGAAUGCUCCCCGAGGACCGUACCGGUGCCAAUUCCCCCAACCUGUCCGACGGCCAACAACCUACUACUCCACCACCUGGUGCCGCCGCCUCUCCCGCCGCAGCUGCCGCUGGCGGUACAGGUUCUCAAGCCAAUGCAGUAUCCAUGAUGGCCACUGGAGCAACCACUGCAGGAACCGGAGAGCUUCCACCAGGAUGGGAACAAAGGCAUACUCCGGAAGGACGAUCAUACUUUGUCGAUCAUAAUACGCGCACCACGACCUGGGUUGAUCCCCGCCGUCAGCAGUACAUUCGCAUGUACGGCCAGAACCAGAACCAGGGCGGAAACAACACCACCAUCCAGCAACAGCCCGUCUCCCAGCUCGGACCGCUGCCGAGUGGCUGGGAAAUGCGUCUCACCAAUACUGCUCGGGUGUACUUUGUGGAUCACAACACGAAGACAACUACUUGGGAUGACCCCCGCUUGCCUUCGUCGCUUGAUCAGGGUGUUCCGCAGUACAAGCGUGAUUUCCGUCGCAAGCUGAUCUACUUCCGCUCGCAGCCUGCUCUUCGGAUUAUGUCUGGACAGUGCCAUGUCAAGGUCCGCCGUAAUAACAUCUUUGAGGAUUCGUACGCCGAGAUUAUGCGUCAGAGCGCAUCGGACCUCAAGAAACGCUUGAUGAUCAAGUUUGACGGUGAAGAUGGUCUCGACUACGGUGGUCUUUCUCGUGAAUUCUUCUUCCUCCUUUCCCACGAAAUGUUCAAUCCCUUCUACUGUCUCUUCGAAUACUCCGCCCACGACAAUUAUACCCUGCAAAUUAAUCCCCACUCUGGCGUCAACCCCGAGCAUCUGAACUACUUCAAGUUCAUCGGCCGAGUCGUUGGUUUGGCAAUUUUCCAUCGCCGUUUCCUGGACUCCUUCUUCAUCGGUGCCUUCUACAAGAUGAUGUUGCGCAAGAAGGUGAGUCUACAGGAUAUGGAGGGUGUCGAUGAAGAUCUGCAUCGCAACUUGGCGUGGACCUUGGAUAAUGAUAUUGAGGGAAUUGUUGAGCUCACUUUCUCCGUGGAUGAUGAGAAGUUUGGAGAGCGCCGCACCAUUGAUUUGAUACCCGGUGGUCGGGACAUUCCCGUCACCAACGAGAACAAGGCGCAGUACAUUGAGCUGGUGACGGAGUGGAAGAUCAUGAAGCGGGUUGAGGAGCAGUUCAACGCGUUCAUGUCCGGAUUCAACGAGUUGAUCCCGGCUGACCUUGUCAACGUUUUCGACGAGCGCGAGCUGGAGCUGCUCAUUGGUGGUAUCGCCGACAUCGACGUUGACGACUGGAAGAAGCACACCGACUACCGCGGCUACCAGGAGCAGGACGAGGUCAUCCAGAACUUCUGGAAGAUCGUCCGCAGCUGGGACGCCGAGCAGAAGUCGCGUCUGCUGCAGUUCACCACGGGUACCUCGCGUAUCCCCGUCAACGGCUUCAAGGAUCUGCAGGGUUCGGAUGGCCCCAGACGGUUCACCAUCGAGAAGUCGGGUGACCCUUUGGCUCUGCCGAAGUCUCACACCUGCUUCAACCGUCUGGAUCUGCCUCCGUACAAGACCCACGACACCUUGGAGCACAAGAUGACCAUCGCGGUAGAGGAGACGCUCGGAUUCGGACAGGAAUAG